AUGGGUGUCACACGAACAAAAACCGUCAAGAACAAGCAUGCUGCCGCUCCCGGCGGUGCAAAGUCUUCCAAGCACUCCGCCGCCGAUGGCUUUGCCAAAUCCAAGAAGCCAAAGGGCACCCCGCCGUCCAAGCAGGUCAAGGACAAGGGUCGCGAGGCGCUUCUUCAGAAGUUCAAAAACCCUAAGAAGAAGAAGUACACGGAUGAGCAACUCGGAAUCCCAGCUCUCAACACUGUCACUCCCGUCGGUGUGGUGAAGCCCAAGGGCAAGAAGAAGGGCAAGGUUUUCGCUGAUGACCCGGAGAGUAUGAGCACCAUUAUGGCUCUUGUCCAGGCCGAAAAGGAUGGCCAAAUCGAGUCCAAGAUGAUCAAGCAGCGCAAGAUGGAGGAGAUUCGCGAAGCGCGCAAGGUCGAGGCCGAGAAGAAGGAGCAAGAGAGGAAUUCAAAGCUUGAGGACACCAAGAACUCUCUUCGGAAGUCAAGAAAGCGCAAGAGCACCGGCGAUGAGGACAACAUCAAGGAAUUCUCUACAGCGGGCACCAAGGCGGCCAAGGGCAAGGGCAAAAAGCAAGUGUCGUUCGCCUAG